AUGUCGGCCCCGAGGCUACUGGGGGACAACCAUCGAAUUUGGGAAUCGGAGAACCACGCGCCGCUGUGCGACGGUUACAACGGCGUCUCAUGGAUUGAGCUCAACGACUCAAAGGACUGGGCCGCCCCCGUGCACCAAUUUGGCUACAUCAAGGGCGCCCCAGACGACAUCACUGCAAUCUUGGAGCCAAAGUAUCCUACCGAAGAUGCGCAGAUGAUGGACACCCGAGAGAAGGGAGGCGCACAAGGGACGUUCGUGGAGCAGCAGCGGCGACGCAUUAUUGGCGAAGUUCUGGCACUGGAACUCACGGCGAGGACCAGGCUAUCGGGUGGCAGGACCAGCCUGGUGCCUGACCUCGGCUUCAAGAUAAAUGUAGUGGGCGCCAACGCAGCAGCCUGGAGUGGCACGACGAGCUUCCGGCAGAAAUACCGCUACAACGCGAAGAACCUCUGGGCAGCCAUUGCGGGCCAGCUCUGUACGCUGCGCCUAACGAACGAAUGCGCCCUGAUCUCCACGCGGGCCUUCCUGGCGGCGGUGGGGCAGCUGCCAGACCGGCAGGAGCUGCUGCUGCUGCUCCAAGGCGACCCGUGCCGGCCGUGGAAGGCCAUGCUGCAGGAGGCGGCGGCCUUCGCGGAGUACGGGCGCCACGCCGCGCGCAUGUGCCUCCAGAUCGACAGGAGGCUCGCCGCGCUCCUGGAGUCCAACCGCUCGCUGAUGCAAGCCGACUGGUCGGAUUGA